AUGGUUACACUGAAAGGAAUCCCGAGCAUCAUAUCCCCGGACCUGCUUUACGUUUUGGCUAAAAUGGGACACGGAGAUGAAAUCGUUCUUGCUGAUGGCAACUUCCCCACUUCCUCUGUGUGUCGAUCUGGUCCCACUGAAGUCAGAGCUGAUGGAAUGGGUAUCCCAGAGUUGCUGCAGGCCAUUCUGAAGCUGUUCCCGUUAGACACCUACAUCAUACACCCAGCAGCAGUGAUGGACCUGGUGGAUCAGGAUAAGGAGAAAGGCCUCAAGACUCCAGUCUGGGAGAAAUAUCUGGAAUUAUUGUCGGACGUUGGCUGUGAGAAACCUCUGGAAAAAGUUGAGAGAUUUGCAUUUUACGCUCGAGCAAAGGAAGCUUUUGCUGUGGUGGCCACAGGAGAAACUGCGUUGUAUGGAAACCUCAUCCUUAAAAAAGGUGUGAUUCCCGCUGGAGAAAAGGACAAGUGAAAGAAUGAGACAGGGAGGGAGGGAGAGGAAGGGAAUGCAGCAGCAAUCCAGAAUGAAAUUCUCAGUGUUCGAAAUGUUAUCUUAAAUCCCAUGAAGUCAUCGAACCAGCAAAGCUGCAAAUUAAAUAAAAAAAACCUUCAGCGUCAGUGUGAUUGGCGCUUGUGAUCAAUAAAUAGUGUUUGUGGCUGCAGGAUGAGGUAUAAUGAGAUAGAUGAUUUAUGCUCUGUGCCUGCGCUGAAUAUAUAACUCACAACCCGGGUAUGAAUUGUGUCCUCUUUGUUGAUCUAUUUACACCACACUUUGGGCCAGUGUUUGAAAUGAGAGAUUAACGUUAACUGCAAACAAUAUUAAAAAAAGUGAGGCUGAUAUCCUUCCUUGACAUACUGAGGUCAGUCCUCAGUUUUGACGUUAACAUAUAGCAUGGUGAAUAUAUACGAUAAAGAGUGUAGAGGAGAUUAAGUGAACUGCUUCGUUAAGGUCAUUCAGGUUAUCAUGGGUGUUUGCUAGCUGGAUGAAUUCUGUUGUGUGCUGAUAAUGGGAGCAUCAAAUGAUAACCCCUGAUAUCAACAUCACUUACUAUUUGAAAGAUUAUUAAAACAGAUUGCCACGAUAUUGUUUGAAUGCUGUGGGUUAAUCCGUGCACUGAAAAUGGAAAGUUUAAACACAGUGGGGUUUUGCAAUGUCGGCUGAGAUUUAAGCAAAUAGUAAAGUUGCUUUGUGCAUGAUGCGUCAAUGAUUGUGUAAUCCAAUAGCUAUGUGUGUUUGGUGGCGAUUUGUAACUUCCGACCUGAUGUGGAAAUAAAGUGCUGCGGUUGAAAUUGA